AUGCCAAAGCGGAUGUCGGACGAGGAAAUUGCUUGUGAAUCGAGUUUCCGCGAAAAUACGCGUAGAGCAUCGCAUGGCAGGUUUAUAGUAUCAAUGCCACUUAAACAACCACCUCAAUGUUUAGGCGAAUCACAAGCGCAGACAAUAAAUCGCUUCUACAGCACAGAGCGCAAAUUGGCAAAAAAUCCAAAAUUAAAGGAACGUUAUGUAGAAUUUAUGGGAGAAUGCGAAAAAUCAGGUCAUAUGAGCUUAGUAGAAAAUAACGUGGGAAAUAUUGAAUAUUUUAUGCCACAUCAUGGAGUUGUGCGCGAGGAAAGCAAAACUACGAAACUCCGCGUUGUUUUUGACGCAAGUGCUCCCUCUACUAACGGAAUAUCUCUAAACAAUAUACAAAGGGUAGGGCCGGUCUUACAGGAUGAUUUAUUUUCAAUACUUCUCAGAUUUCGCAAACGCACCUAUGUCAUUUCAGCGGACAUUGCUAAAAUGUACCGACAGGUGCUGAUAGAACCGGGACAAAGGUGUUUGCAAAAGAUAAUUUGGCGACCAAAUCCUUCUGAGGCGCUUAAAAUGUAUUCUUUAAACACAGUGACGUAUGGUCAGGCAUGUGCAAGUUUCCUGGCGAUACGUUGUAUUUUCGAGCUCGUGCGCGAAUGUGAGGCCAAUAAGCCCAAGAUAGCGGAUAUUAUUCGUCGCAAUUUCUAUGUAGACGACUUGCUAACCGGAGCAGACACCGCGAUGGAAGCGUUGCAAAUCGCAAACGAUGUUUAUAAAGUUUUAAAAUCGGGAAGUUUUGAACUGCGAAAAUGGUAUUCCAAUCAACCUGAUAUAAUCAAGAACCUAGCUGGCGGUACCGACUGCGGAAUAUUAGAAUUUGCUUCCGACGAGAAUACAAAAACUUUGGGUUUAAUAUGA